ACUAUAUAUAUAUAAGGCCACAUCCUCUCAUCUUCCUUCUACCUAAAACUAUAAGCUAUUACACAUUUUCUAGAAGCUUUCAAAACUUCAAACUCACCUAACUCACGCACAACAGAGAUGGAGCCAAGCAAGCCCUUCAUGGUACCAUUUUUCAUAGGAGAAACAAGUUCUUCAGAGGAUCUACAAUGGCUUUCAAACCAAGUGAAAGACUCAUGUGAUGAUAGCAAGCCAAUCUGCACUACAGUUGAAUACUUUAUGAUGGUGUAUAAUCUUGCAAGGCAAGGCCAGUCCUAACACUCAAAUCAAAAUUUGUUUGGAUCAUUUUUGCUGGAAUCUUCAUCACUGCCUUAAGGACAAAUAAUGAGUCAGAUUCCACAAUUAUCUUUUUUAUUCCACUCUCCCUAAAUCAUGUAGAUACAGCUUCCUUUUAGUGACAUCUAAUUAGCUUGCCUUUAGUGCUAUUCAUUAGAAGUUCCCAUCAAGUGGAUUGCCUCCUCUCUUGUUUGUGGGUAUUUCUUGUAGUUGAGAAGUGUCAAUUUAAAACCAAAGGAAUAUAUUUUGAUAAGACAAAUGAAACAUGUAAUGACUUGUGGAAAUACAUUAUUAGUUGGUAGCAAGGCCUUGGAUUCUUACAUUGGAUCUAAAGAAAAAUGUAGAGGUGCUGUUGCAUUAUUGUGUGGGACUUUUAGCUUUUAAGUAGUGUCAUGAAAACUCAACUUUUUAGAUCUUUAGUACUUGAAACUGUUAUUGACUUAUAUAUAAAAAGAAAUAAUAAAAAAAUUCUGUUCUUGACUUCUUAUUUUUCCCUAAUCAAAUAGAUUCAGGACUUAUGAAAACUGGGGUAUGCAACAUUGAUUAAGAUAAAUGCUCUAGAGCUUGCAAUUUAAAUCUCUGGAGCUUUGCUGGUCAAGAUUGAUUAUCUUGUCGAGAGAAUUAUAUGUAUGAUAAAGAUUAAAGAAGGCUUUGAUAUGGCUUGCACUUACUAAUUGUUUUUUGCUGGAGAAUCAUUUAUAUUUAUACAUUUUAUUGAUCUAACUUUGAACUAAUUUUAUUGUCGACAGUUCUAUGCAUCUAUGUUCCAACUUCAAAUUCUAUUGCAACACUUAUGGCUUGUUAAUUUUUAGAAAUAUAUCUGCACUCACACAGAUACAGUCUAUGAGCACAUGCUAAUAUAGCAAGUAGUUUCUUUGCCCUAAUAUAGUGAGUAGUAAUUGCAGUCGCACACACAAGCAUUAUGUAUGACAUUUGGUUUUAUAUAAUACUGUUGUGUUGUGCUGUUAUAUGGCAGAUUUUAGUGCGGUAACAGCUUGACUACCAAAAUGCCAAAGGUUAGAAGAAAGCCUUCCUUGUCUGCUGAUCAGCCUAGGGCAUCUGCAUACCCUGAGCAAUGUAUACCAGAAGAACAAUUGGAAUCAGCCAAUGAUGUGAAAGAAUGGGAAGAAGCUAGAUGCCCAAUCUGCAUGGAACACCCUCAUAAUGCAGUUCUUUUAAUGUGUUCCUCCCAUGAGAAGGGCUGUCGGCCCUACAUGUGCAACACCAGCUACCGGCACUCCAAUUGUCUCGAUCAGUUUUGUAAGUCUUUUGCACCACAUGCCUCAAUAACACUACUGCAAGAAAUUCCUCUCACAAGCACAGACUCUCAGAGAAGGGAAGAUGGGUGGCAGCAUGGGCAAACAAUGCAUUGUGGGAGCCCAUUGCAACCAAAGCUUGUCUGCCCUCUUUGUCGGGGAGAGAUCCAUGGAUACAUUAUAGUAGAGCCAGCUCGUAACUUCAUGAAUUCCAAAGGAAGGAGUUGUUCUUCUGAGACAUGUGAUUUUACUGGGACCUAUUCAGAACUCCGGAAGCAUGCAAGGUCUGAACACCCUUCUGUCCGGCCAUCAGAGGUGGACCCUAUGCGACAAAGUGAUUGGACAAGAUUGGAAAGUGAGAGGAUCUGGGAGGACGUCCUUAGCUCACUUCAUCCGGAAUUUGGGGAAGAGACUAGUGAAGAACACAUUUUCUCAGCUGGUCUUGAUGACUUUGCUGCGUUUCAUUUUGAGUUUCUUAUUUUAUCCAUUCUGCUCAAUUAUCCAAGUGAUGGAGAACAGUUGCAUAAUAGGAGAUCAGGGAGAAUGUCAAGGGUAGACUAUGAUUAUGAUCUGGAGGCCAGUCCUAUUGCUGGAAGGAACAACAAUUUGUUGUCAGACAGUAUGCCACAGCCGCGGCAAAUUGCUCGACGGGCACAUGAUUAUCCCAGUCGUGCCAUUAGGGGGGGGAGCAAUACAUCAGCACGAGUGCCUCUUCUACAACAAACAUCUGGGUGGUCAUCAGAAAGUAACUCCCAUUCUUCGUCAUCACAGAGUAGGUCCUAUAUUCCCUCCUACAGUAGGCCCCGCUUCCGACAAAUGCCUGCACAGGCAUCUGGUAGUAUGCGGAGUUAUCCUAGGCAGUUAACCGAAAAUAUGCCCCAUUCCCGACGAUUGCAUUGGCGGGGUGAAAGACAGUCACCAUACGACUGGCGGUGUGAAAGAUGGUCACCAUACAAUAACCGGCGCUGAUUGCAAUUACAUUGUUACCAAAGUCGCUUUGUAAGUGGGCAGAUUUAUCAUAGGGUCAGGUUCCAAUUGUAAGUUAUCCAUAUCCUCGUUUUUUUCCAUGUAAUAUAUAAAUUUCUUUUUCUUUCGUUGUUUUAGUAGCAUGUAAUCUUUUGAGGAUUGGGCGGAUAGAACAAGCUUUUUUUUUUUCUUUUUUUUUUUAUUUGCAUUUCAGAGGAAGGAUUGCUGGAGGUUUCAAGUCUUUUUCUACUCUAGAGGUGAAAUAAACACUGAUGGUUCCUUUUGUUUCAAGGGACUGAAGAGGUAAAGUUAAAGUUAAGGAUCUUUUGGCCUGAUUGCUGGAUGACUAAGUUGUAUGCAUUACCUCGUUUUGUAUACUCUUUAGUGAAAUGCUUUGAUUGACAUUUUCUUAAUGUAUGGAUAUGUUUAUUCUUA